AUGACCAUCUCCCACCGCGACGACUACAUUGACGACUUUAGUGUGGGGCAAUCGCAAAAAAUCCGGCGUUCGGACAUACGUUUGAUCGUGUUCAAUGAGAACAAUCAACGUCUACUGUACGAUUCGGACACGGUCAUCGCCAUCGAAGAUCGGCUGCUUCAAGGAAGACCCCACACCAGUCCAUGUGGUCGAUUUCAAGUGAGUUUUCUAGGGGUUUUUAUUGUUUUUUAGGUAAUUAUUGGGGUUUUUUAAUGCUUUUUGAAUUAUUUUUAAAAAAAUUUUAGGUAACAUUUUGAAAUUUUUUAAGUAUGUUUUACUUCAACAUUGAACUUGUAAUCUUUUAACACUUGUUUAUCUAUAAUAUGAAAAAAUUGAUGUUAAAAACAGUUUUUUAGCUAUUAAAACCUGCUUUUUAUGAUGGAUAACAUCACUAUUGACAAACAAAAAAUUGUUGUUUUUUGAUGUAAAAGUGAUUUUCAAAGGUGUUUUAUGACAAAUAAUGAUUGUAAAAAUGGUUUUUGAGCUUUGAAAGAAUUUUUUGAAAGUUUGAGGAUUAAAAAUUUUGUUACCUAAAAUAAAUUUUUCUUAAUUAUUUUGAUUUUUAAGUAAAAUUAGGCUUAGGAUAGUGUUUUAAGGUUGUAGAAAGGCAUUUUAUGCAGUUUUUUUUACUUUUUGAGGUCUAAAAAUUUUGUUACUUAAAAAAAAAUUUUUUUUUGAAAAAUUUUGAUUUUUACGUAAAGUUAGGCUUAAAAUUAGAUCCUAAGGUCGUAAAAAUGAUUUUUCUGGCAUUUAAGUAUUUUUCAAUUCAAUGUUAAUAUAAAAACUCUUAAUUUCUGUCAUUUCCAGUACCUCCGCCACCGUUCCGACGUGCCGCAAAUAGGACGGAUGAUAUUCGGCACGCUGCCCACCUCCUCCAAGACCGGAUCGCUGAAGAUCCACACUUUACCGUAAGGCUGAUGAGUUCUCGAAUGCUAAUGUGUUUCGUUUAUUUUUAGUCAUUCAAACUCGGUGAUGCUAAGUCGAGUGUUCUUCGUGCCCAAGGCCGCCAAUUUGAGCGUUCCGUACAAGUGAGUUUGGGGUUUUUGGCAGUGAUUAGAGUUUUUUGCUAGUGAUUAGGUAUCAAUGGGGGUGGAAUUUAUUUUUUUUUUGUUUUGAAAUGAAUUUUGAGGUGUUUGUUACCUAAAUUAAGAAAAAAUUAUUUUUUUGUUACCUAAAUUUAUAAAACCUGUGUUUUUGUUACCUAAAAUAAGAAGAAAUUAUUUUUUUGUUACCUAAAAUAAGCAAAAAUGUAUUUUUGUUGCUUAAAAUAUGGAAAAAAUGAAUUUUUGUUACCUAAAUUAAGCAAAAAUGGAUUUUUGUUAUUUAAAUUAAGCAAAAAUGGAUUUUUGUUACCUAAAAUAUGGAAAAAAUGAAUUUUUGUUACCUAAAAUAAGCAAAAAUGAUUUUUUAUUACUUAAAAUGACCAAAAAAAUUGUUAGCGAGCUCAAAUUCGUGAACAACAGCUUUGGCUCGGACGCCGACUGCCAAUCUCAACACUACGCCACGAUACGAUCGUUGGACACGCUACGCGACGACGUUCGGCGAAAAAAUUCGUCCGCCGAUCCGCCAAAGAAGUUCCGGCGGAUACGAAACUCGUCGCUGCAAUUGGACAGCGACGAUGCGAUUCUGGAGGAAGUGAGGGCCUUCUCACCGAAUCGCUUGAGCCGGCACCGACGGAAACAGUUGUCUCUGAAAGGGUUGGCUGAUGAAGGUAAGGGUUAAGGGGAUUUUUUAAUAUGGGGGGGGUGAAAUUAUGAAAAGUUGUUUUAUUUAUUUAUUUUCAAAAAUUCACUCGUACAGUCAUAAUAUAACAUAAAAUCAAUAUAAUAUAAAAUAUAAAUUUUUAAACAUAAAUGACAGUACAGUGAUGAGCGUUUUAAUAGCUAUUGAUCCCUUAGUUGUCUUAAUGAUUUAGGAAAAAAAGAGUUGGCCUUAACACACGUCCUGUUAUAAUGGAAAAAUGGCAAGAACUUUCUUUACAAACAAAGAAGCGGCAAGAAUUUUCUUUACAAAAUAAAAAAUGGCAAGAACUUUCUUUACAAAAAAAGAAACGGCAAGAAUUUUCUUUACAAAACAAGGAAUGGCAAGAACUUUCUUUACAAUACAAAAAAUUGCGUUUCAGUGUAUCAAAGGUUAAAUCUAUUGUUAAAUACGGCAUCUACGUCUAUUAUGCAUAGCUUUUAUUAAAGUAGUUCACUUUUUCAGGACCAGCCAUUCGAUGGGGCAGUCGAUCCCGUAUGAGCUCAUGCUCCUCAAUAAACGACGGCGAAGAGAUGAAACAAAUCGGCUUCGCUCUGGUGUUUGAUGCCAAAGAACGAGACUUCAUCUUUCAGCACAUUCUUCAAAUCGAAAAAGAAAUCAUCAAGCUGGAGUUCGGGAUCUACAAGGCCUCGAACACACGGUCACAGUUCUUCUACUGCGUCUACCAGGCUUACAGACAGUUUGCUGACGCUAUUUGUCUAUUGUACAACUCGUUAAGACUAAGACAACCGGUUUGGCUAUCACUGCUGGACUCGAGUCAACAAUCAGAAACGGCCGAAAGGUUCUGUAACUCAUUGGCUGGGCUGAUAGAGCAGUUGGACAAAAAGGAAACUCAUUAGUAAGUUAGCUUUCUUUUUUGUUAGUUAUUGGUUUGGAAAUGAUUUUUUAAUAUGUUGUAGUAGGUAUAAAAUAGAGUUUUUAGUGUUAAAACAAGCACAAGGUACUACUCUUUAACUCUGUAAAACAAAAAGUUUGUGGAGGAGGUACAGAACUAGCUAUGAGUUUUUAAAACCUGAUGUUGUUGUAGGUAUUAGAACUCAAUCGGUUUGAACUCAGUUUUUUGAUAUGUUGUAGUAGGUGUAACAUAAAGUGUUUUUUGUUAAAAUAAGCAGAAAUUACUACUUUUUAAUACAUUAAAAGUACAAAGCGUUAGUGGAGGUAUAGGAAUAGUUAUGAGCUUUUAAAGUCUGAUGUUAUAGUUAAUAUUAGAACCCAGUCAGUUUAAACUUAGUUUUUCGAAAUGUUGUAGUAGGUAUAACACAGAGCGUUUGGUGUUGAAACAAGCACAAAAUAAUAUUCUUUAAUACUGUAAAACGUCAAGUUAUUGAAGGUGGUAUGUGACUGGUUAUGAGCUAUUAAAAUGUAAUGUUAUAGUAGAUAUUAGGACAUAUUCGACUUGAACUUAGUUUUUCGAACUGUUGUAGUAGGCUUAUAGUAGAUGUUUUUACGUUAUACUAUACGUAAACAAUACUGGUUUUUAACAUAAUAAAAGUUGGAAUUAAUCAGAAAUUUGUAAAACUAGUUAAGAGUCUAUGAACACGAUAUUGUAGUAGAUGAGAGACGGAAAAAUCUUUUUUUUUAUAAAACAUAUGCACUUUCGCUUUUAUUUUCAAAUGUCAAAUUGACCUAUUAUUAAAAAUGACAUUUUAGCUUCUUGUCAAGACUUUUGUCCUCAGUUCUGAUGAAUCAUUUGGCAUGGGUGGCGAGUGUAGCACCUCCAGACACUCUUCCUCAACAUGAACGAUCACUGCUGUUGGGGACGGUAAGUGAAUGAUUUUUUGUAAAAUACGGAUUUUUGUGUCGGCAUGUAAAAAAGUUUUUUUUUGAAGAAAAUUUUUGGGCGUGGUAAAAUUUUGGGGGUGGAUCAAAAUUUUUUUGUAAAAUACAGCUGAUCUAUUUUCAUAUUAAGAUAAAAUGUGAAUUUCAUGAAAAUUUUUUGGGUGUGGUAAAUUUUUGGGGGUGGAUUUGAAAAAAAAAAUUUUGAAAUUUGUUUUGAAUUUCAUGAAAAUUGGUUAAAGAUUGAUUUUUUUUACAUUUUUUAAAUUUUUAGAGUGUAAUAGACGCAUCAAGACAGCCCUACAACGCCCGAUUGGCCCAGCUCAUGGAGCUCUGUGGGAUAGUCGGAGGCGGGGAAAAGCUGGCCAAAACCGUGAUAAUUGGCAAAAACCCACGAUUGAUCAGUGAGAUCUUGUUCGUACUUUCCUAUUUUAUCAGAUGCUCAAAUGUGGAGUGCAGGAGAAGUGGUAAGGAGCUUGUUUUUGAUGUUUUAGGUAGUAUUUUAAAGUAUUUUUCGGAUUAAAAGCGGGUUUUUAAGGGUUUUAGGUAAUAAAAACAUAUUUUUAUGGGAUGUUAGGUAACAAAAAAGAUUUUUGGGCAUGUUUAGAUACCAAAAAAAAAUUUUUUUUGUUUUAGGUAACAAAAAUGAUUUUUUGUUUUUUAGGUAAUAAAAUACGAUUUUUUGGGAUUUCAGGUAACAAAAUAAUAUUUUUUGUUAUUUUUUAUUAAUAUAAAACUCAUUUUGCCAUUUUCAGAAGUCCUCUCCCCAGUCCAAGUCCCAUCACAGCCAGUGAACAUUGCUUCAUCCCCAUCCAAUCCUCAUUCCGACUACAAUGAUGACUUCUUGAACGAUCUAAGCUCCUCAAACGCCUCACAACAACCCACAUCGGCCGAGGCAGCCCCAACAAUACCCAUUCAUCAGCCAGUAUCAACACGAUCCAAAAGACCUUCAUCAUCACUCUCAAGCCAAUAUGCCACCUCCCCAUUGGAUGCACUGAAAUUCACCACAGAUGAACCUCCAGUUAAGACUAGAGCCAUAAACCUAGGCUCGUACCAUCCAGGACGUUAUCAUCCCGACUGCUCGUAUCAACCAGACCUGGCAUCACCCACCAGCAUCAGAAUCCACUCCCAAACCAUCGUCUACUCGAGUAGCCAAGCCGAGUCAUCAGAAAACCUGAGGAACCUCCCCAGUCCAGCCAGAAGCCGAAUGAAGCUGACGUUAGACGUGGAAGACGUACAAAUCUCAGGUCAGGAGCUAGCACCCUCGAUCUAUAACAAUGCUCUACAACAACAAAGUCAACCGAUCAAUAUCCCGAACGGUGGCCAUUCACCGGCCUCAAGCUCUCAUUCGUCGCAGAGUUUGAGCUCGAACACGAAUGCCAGCGGCGAUCUAGGACGGUCUUUGUUGGCUGGGGUUUGCUCUUCAUAUUCACCACAUUUUGUGUUGUCAGGUAAGUUUUAAACUGUUAGAAAUUUUUUUUUUCUUAAAAAAAUGGGCGUGGUAAAAAUUUUUUUAAAAUUUUUUGGGGAUGGGUGAUUUUUAAAAUAAUGUUUUUUUGGCGAUUAUAGGUAUCGGAAGUGUAAAUACGGUUUUAAAAAGGUUUUUGGGAGGGCGUGGUAAAAACUUUUUUGGGGUGGUUUUUUAAAAAAUUUUUUUGUAAAAAAAUUGUUAUUUUGAGCUUGGAAGGUCAUAUUUGAAGCUACUAUUGAUAUCUUUACUAUUUUCAGGAGUAGACCUUCGUCAAUCCGACAUUGAAGACACCUUCAACGCUAUCUACGAGGACGUGAAACACCCGACCGGAGAGCCAUGUGAAUCCAUCCUUUCACCCUCUUCCUCAACUUCAUCAGCCCUCACCAACUCGGCUCAAGACCUACCGCCACGACCAUCACGUCAGCCUCGACAGAACUCGAUGGUCGCGGACUCACCUCGAGGAAGUCAGAAGUCGGCCUGCUUCGACGGCCCAACCUCGGCCGUCGUCGUGGUAGGCGACCUCACCGACAUGACAGUACGAACGGUGGCGGCACAGAACUGUAAAGUCGACGACAGACCAAUAGCAUCACCAUCGGAUGCGGUCGUGGAGAUGCUGGAACAGUUCAUAUCGCUCCACAAGCUCAGGACCAACUCCAACUUCUUGAUCAGCUUCCUCGAGGACCGGCUGAGCACGAUACUCAGCAAGAGUCAGACCUUGGUCAAGUUGAUUACCACAGGCGAUCGAAGUGACAUCUGGGCCACGGAACCGACUCCAACACAGAAUUUGAGCCACAGCUUUGGGUCAGGUCAUGGGUCACGGUCGUCGAGUUAUGAGCCUAUGAACUUGGGUCAAAGUGGUACUGGAAUGGAUGGUAGUUUUGGUACUGGGAGAAGUGCUGAAGGUCAUACUGGUGCUGGGAUAUCUCAACAUGGUACUGGAAGAGCUGCAGAAGGGCGUUUUGAUACUGUAAGAGGUUUAGAAGCCUAUCAAACGUCUGGCUACAUGGCUUCAGAAGCUCAGACAAACACCGUGCUGUCUUCAGAAUCUCAAUUCGGCUCUAGAAUGAACGCUAAGUUCCCUGUCGAGUCAGAAGAUCAACCAGAUCCUAUGAAUUCUUCUACCACAAUGCCUUCUGGAGCUUACACAGCUAUCGGGAUAUCUUCAGGAGCCUACACAGGCAACGUGAUGCCCUCUGGAACUCACACAGGCAACAUACCUUCAGGAGGCUAUACAGCUAAUGUGAUGAAGUCAGAAGCCCAAACAGCUACCAUACUGCCUUCAGAAGCCCACCCAUCUACCGUGACACCUUCAGAAGCCCAAAAGGAGCACCAAUUCCGCGCCCCCAACCCACCGGCCUCGUUCACAAUGUCCAAGCUACGCAACCUAUCAGUCGUGUCGGUCAAGUCGCCGGCUCGAGAACAACGCCGCUGGCUAUCACAAGACACGAUCGACGAGGACCCGGACGACCGCCUCACCGCCGCCUCCCCCAUGAUCCUAACCAUGGAGCGGGUGUGCGAAGUAGUCGGCUGCGACUGCAGCGACCUCCGCCUUAUCGUGAACGUCGCCGCCAUCUAUCAACCGAACGUGCUCAGCAGUUUGGUUAUGUAA